CGGCUCGCUUGAAGUUGACCUGGACGUCCAGGGAAUUCAGUUCUGUCAAGAUGGACUGUAUAUUGCGAUUCAGACAGGCGCACGAAUCCUUUCGAAUACCUGAAAUUGAAGCUCUUGCUAUAAUUGAAGACGUAGAAGUCAAAAUCUUGGAGUAUCAUCAAGACUCCCCCUUUUGCCUCAUCAACGUCCCAUCAGCCGCCGCAGCCCGCGCCCUCAUCCGCCGCUCCAUCCUCUGCCAAUCCAUCCACGAACUCUGGGGCCACGCGCCAUCAGGCCUCCUCUCCGACCUCCACGACGACGUCCGCCGCCGCGCCCUCCCCCUCUGCGCGCCCUACGCCAACGCCUCCUUCAAGUUCGCCCUAGACGCCUUCCACCACACCCGCCCCCACCCUGAACGCCUCGCCAUCUUCAACUCCUUCGCCUACCUCCCCCUCGCCGGCGCCAUCCUCCUCGACAACCCAGACGAGACCUUCACCGUCUUCGAAGACUGGCCCUUCCGCCCCCCCGGGACCCCGCCGGGCCCGCACCCGCUGCGCGCCUUCCUGGGCCGCCUCCUCGCCCACGGCGCCCGCGACCUGCGCCACGUCUACGACCUCAAGAAGCGCCGCUACAUCAGCACCACCUCCAUGGACUCCGAGCUCGCCCUCCUGACCGCCAACCUGGCCCUCGCCCGCCCGGGCGCCUUCGUCUACGACCCGUUCGUGGGUACGGGGAGCUUCCCCGUCGCGGCCGCCCACUUCGGCGCCCUCGCCUUCGGGAGCGACAUCGACGGCCGCUCCAUCCGCGGCGCGGGCGGCGCCCAGACCGUCAAGGGCAACUUUGCGCAGUACGGCCUCCUCGGUCGCUGCGGGGACUUCUUCGUCGCCGACCUGACCAACACGCCGUUCGUCGCGCGGCGGUGGCUGGACGCCAUUCUGUGCGACCCGCCCUACGGCGUCAGGGAAGGCUUGCGGGUCCUGGGCGCCCGGAAACCGGAGAGGCCCGGCGUCGUGGCUGUUGCGUCUUCGGCCGACAAGUUCUGGCAGUCGCCCGAAUACGUCCCGCCGAAGAAACCCUACAGCUUUUUGGCUAUGCUGGAUGACAUACUCGAGUUUGCGUCCCGGGUGCUUGUCGAUCGGGGCCGGAUCUCCUUCUGGAUGCCCACCGCCAACGAUGAGGACCAGGAACUCGCCGUGCCCACGCACCCUUGUCUCGAAGUUGUGGCGGUUUGCGUGCAGCCGUUUAACAAAUGGUCCCGUAGACUCAUCACAUACAGCCGCGUCCCCGACGACCAAGUCGACCCGGAGAAGGUGGCGGCCUACCAGCGCACACAACACGCCGGGGGGACGGCGGACGAGUUGAACCCGUUUCGCGAAAGCUACUUCAAGGGUUUUAGGAAAGACGCGUCGGAGGGAGACACUGACGGAGGAUAGACGGGCAGGCACGGCUAAAGUAAAAUGCAGCUCGUACCCCCUCAUAAUGAAGGUUAGGGGCAAUAUAUAUUUUCAACCUCGUCAACCUCCUCCUUUCUUCCUUCACGCUACUUGUGUGGCCCAAAAGGCCACCAUUCUCGCUCGGCCAAACCGCUGCUGAUAUCUCGGUUGUUAAAAGGGAUGUGCAAAAGAAUCAAAAGGAAUUCGAAAAGAGAGAGAAGAAAAAGAGAAAAACCAAAGCAUGCUAUAAUCCCGGGUCGUUUCCCUCUUCAUCUCUCAUGCGCUUUUUACGUUUCCAUGAGCAUACCCAUAUCCUUUAGACGUUCGUUCGGUGGUAGUUACCGAAACUCAAUGGCAGGGACACACCCCCUGUCUUCGACGUGUUUGAGCUCAAGUUGCUGGAAU